AUGCUAAGAGUUUCAGCCAAAUAUUAUACAAAAUCUUCAAUAUUUCUUGUUCAAAAUUUGAAUAUUUCACUUGGACUUACUAGAAAAAUGAGCAAGGAAAAUCUUCCAUCUGAUUUUCCUACUACUACCACACCACCACCAAAUAUCAGCACACCCACCGAUGCACCGCCGGCUGUGGGGGAUUCACCUUUCGUGCCAGAUUUCGAUGCCAUUCCACCGAUAAGACCAGGUGAAAACCCUCCACCACCAUCACCGUCACCAACCGCACCGCGGACCGAUAGUCCUGAAUUUUCCCAACCACCGAACACUUCUCCAUCGGGUCACGAAGCACCACAACCACCUACAUCACCACCUGGACAGCCGGAGGCGUUCCCACCACGCGCUUCGGACGCUACGCCUACUAAACAACCUCCGGAUGCUGGAGAGCAAAUUAGAACAUCUAAUGUUAGAUCUGAGUAG